GACAUCUGAGGAGAUAGUCGAUGAGGCUGCAGAAGAAGGAGGAUGGGAGGCCUGGGAGCAGCCAAAGUCCCACUCAUGGGUCCUUCAGGCCCCAGCUUCUAGACCAGCCACAAGACCAGCCCAACCAGCAUCCAGACCAGCCCCUAAACCAGCCCGACCAGCCAGACCAGCCCAUAUACCAACCCCAAUACCAGCCCUUAUACCGGUACCAGCCCCAAACACGGUGGAGAUCUGCGAGGUGCGAUUCCUCGAGUCCAUCCUUGUGUCAGAGGGACAAGAACAUGUCGCCAUUGACAAUGUGAUGGCAGAUCGAGAGGCAAAGGCUGUGUUCAAGACCCGGAAUUCGGUCUUGACUGUCAGUUGCUGGUGUAAUAAAAGCCAACACAGAAGAGAAGAAAACACACAUGUCCGACAUGCUUUAAAAAGAUCAGGUAUCUCAAAAAGCAUUUCGAGCAGACUCACAUGAAGGACCCCAAAUGCAAGAUUCCUGAAAAUUACAAAAAUGAUUUUGCACAUGAGUAUACGAAGCAAAGGAAAACAUCUGGGAAUGUUCGGAAAUACCAGUACAAACAAUGCCAAUCUUGUGGCAAAAGUGUUCAAAGGUUGGACAAACACAAAUGUAAAAAGGAUGUCACAAUUGAAUCAGCCACAAACAAUUUCAAUGAGAACCUUAACAUGUUUGUCAAAAAGCUCAU